AUGUCUACAGACCGGGCUCUGAGGAAGCAGCAGCAAUUGAAUAAUUUGGUAGCAGCAGUGACAAAGCUUGCUAAGCCUGGAGAUGUGAUUGUGGAUUUUUGCAGUGGAGGGGGCCAUGUUGGUAUUGUUCUUGCUCACGUGAUGCCAUCGUGUCAGGUGGUGCUCAUAGAAAAUAAGGAGUUGUCUCUGAUCCGUGCUAAAGACAGAAGUGAUGAACUAGGUUUAAACAAUAUUUGGUUCAUUCAAGCAAAUUUGGACUAUUUUAAGGGGACUUUUAACAUUGGGGUGGCUCUGCACGCGUGUGGUGUGGCAACAGACAUGGUGAUCGAACACUGCAUCAAGGCAAGGGCAGCCUUUGUCGUCUCCCCUUGUUGUUAUGGCUUCAUUCAAAACACAGUGAAGUUUAAAUAUCCACGAAGUCAUCAGUUCAAAGAAGUUUUGUCCUACAAGGAGCACAUGAUCCUUUGCAGAUUUGCAGAUCAGACAGCUGUUCAGCUUCCACCUGAACGCCGGCUAAUAGGAAAGCAGUGUAUGGGGCUUGUGGAUCUGGAUCGGGCAUGGGCUUCAGAAGAACACAAGUACUCUGUCCAAGUUAUAUCUAUGGAGCCGGAGAGUUGUUCUCCAAAGAACAAUAUGUUUGUGGGCAUCCCUACUUAGAGUGUGAAACUUGCAUUUGAUUUGAAGUUGGACAUAAAUCUUCAGUGCAUAAUGACAUCCAGCAGAUACAAGCGUAGCUGGGAACCAGACAUCAUGCAUCUUGAACCCAUUGCGUUCAGAAGAGGAAGCAGCACAAAAAGUCUUAGAAAGUGAACUGCAUGAAGAGCAUCACAAAUUGUACUUGUUAUGUGUCAUUAAGCAACUUUACUUCCUGAGAAAUUUCUCGAUCUAGCGACUGUGCAUAGAAUCAUAUCCAUCUGUAAAGGUUUAGAAAAAAGUUGGUCUUAUUGAAGGGGAAGGUGAUUUACUUUUUAGUAAAGCUGUCUUGGCUGCUUCAGAAUUGCAUUCAUGGUCAAAACUGCAUUUGUGUUAGUAAGCAGAACACUUAUCAGCCGGUAGUGCAGAUCUCUGCAAGAACAGAAAAAAUCGAAUUUCUGGUGUUAGUGAAGAAGGCUGUGCAACAGGUGGUGUCUUGACUUUGCUAAAGAAUUCCAUACUACUGGAGGAAGAUGAUUUUAAAUAAAAGUUCAUCAGAAUA